UUGGUGUAAAAUGUGAAAUGCAUGAACACAAAUAAACAAAUGUGCAUGAGAAGCGGAAUGUUCGUUUAAAGACAAAAAAAAAAUUAACAUUUAAUUUUCCGAGAUUAAAAAAAAAUGGCGAGAUCAAAAGGAGCGGAAAAAGCCUUAGAACUAUUAAAAUAUUUGCCUCGUGUUAAUAAGUAUAAUGUAUUUCCUAAUCGCGAAGAAUUCAGUAGGAAGAUUCGUAAUAGGGGACAACAUGGUGGAGAUACUCAUGGACAUGGAAAUAAAGGUUCAAAACAGCGAUGUUCUUAUCCACGAGUUGGAUUUGAAGGUUAUCAAACACCAUUUUACUUGAAAAUGCCUUCAGAGCGUUACUAUGCUCAUUUUCGAGGAAGACGUCAGUAUCCUCCACUUAGUCUGGGUCAACUUCAGCUGAUGAUUGAUACAGGAAGAAUUGAUGCAUCACAACCAAUUGAUUUAAACAUGAUCUGCAAUACAAAACUCUACAAAAUAGAGCCCUUUGAUCGUCACUUUGGCGUUCAUUUGACAGACGAAGGAGCAGAUGGAUUUACAGCAAAAGUAAACAUUGAAGUGCAACAUGCCAAGGAGACAGUCAUUGCAGCAGUUGAGAGAAAUGGAGGUGUUAUCACCACUGCUUAUUAUGACAUUGAUAGCGUGAAAGCUUUGAUCAAUCCUCAAAAAUUUUUUGAGACAGGGAAACCCAUUCCUCUUCGAAAGUUGCCUCCUGAAGAUACUAUUUCUUAUUACAUGGACCCUAAAAGCCGUGGUUAUUUGGCUGAUCCUGAAAAAAUUGCUGAUGAGCGACUUGUUCUGGCACAGAAAUACGGUUAUGAGUUGCCUGAUGUUUCUAAAGAUCCUGAGUUUGAAAUGCUGAUUACCAAAAAGGAUCCUAGACAAGUGUUUAUAGGAUUAGAACCAGGUUGGGUUGUUAACUUGGCAGACAAAGUUAUCCUAAAACCUACAGAUGAUGUUUGGAAAAAAUAUUAUGAUUUAUCCUAAACAUUGAUCAUUUUUAAUCCAUUUGUAUAGUAGUUUAAUAAAAGAUAGCUAAUUUUA